AUGUUGAAGUUGACCGUGCUCGCUACCUUAUCGACCUUGCUGGCGUUGAACCAAGGGGUCGACGGUGCGGUGUUCAAGUGAGUUGCAGCGUCGAGCCGAUACGGUUCUCACCGGUCGAUCAUCGUCCGAGCUCGGCUCGAUGCGGGCCAGCCGUCGGCCUGCCUCCCCCCGCCACCGACGCCGCCGCCGCGCGCGCUGUUCGAUGAUGAUGCCACCCGAGCCAGCCAGUUCGCUGACGACGACCCAAACCCCCUUCCUCCUACCUCUACACUACGCUGUAUGACCCACUCGUCACACUCCCCAUUCCCACUCAUAACCCCACUCUUGCAGACUUCCCCUACACAAGCAGAAGCACACGCACCACACCCAACUCGGCUCGGCCUCGACCCUGGGCGACAAGUACAUCGCGCGCUACAACGCCAACCACCGCGCCGCCCGAAUCCAAGCCGCGCAGCAGCCGCAUGCGAACCAGCUUUCGUUCAAGGUGCAAGAGGAUGAGGAGCAGGAGUUCAAUGAUCAGAUCGUCAAGGGCGGGCAUGGCGUGCCUCUGACGAGUACGUAGGAUCAAUCGCUUGUUCUUUCACACACCCCUCCGGCUGGGGGAAGGCAUCGAUCGUAUCCGGACGUGGCCGACGUCGCCCCCACCUGUCCCCCCCGCCUCCGCUCGCUCGAACCCCUUCUCCGAUGAUCCGUGCGCUUCCGAGCAACCCGACUGACCUCGAUGUGUGACUUCGACAGACUACGCCUCGGCGCAGUACUUUGCCGACAUCACCCUCGGCACCCCUCCUCAAUCCUUCAAGGUCAUCCUCGAUGUAGGUCGAAAGUUGGACCCUCCUGAACUCGGGUUUCACGUCUGAACUAACCAUGGGUCGCUAUGGAACAGACCGGAUCGGCCAACCUUUGGGUCCCUUCAACUCGCUGCAACAGCAUUGCUUGCUUCUUGCACUCGAGUGAGUCCAAGUGGACAAGUUGCGAUGAUCGCGGAAACCCCAAGAUUGACCUUGCGCUCUCUCCUCGUUCUGCAGAGUACGACGCCACCGCCUCGUCGACCUACAAGGCCAACGGCACCGAGUUCUCGAUCCAGUAUGGAACCGGUUCGCUCGAAGGUGUCAUCUCCAACGACGUCCUCACCAUCGGGGACCUGACCGUCAAGAAGCAAGACUUUGCCGAAUCAACCUCGGAGCCCGGUUUGACCUUCGCGUUCGGCAAGUUCGACGGUAUCCUCGGUCUCGCUUACGACACCAUCUCGGUCGACCAUGUCACACCUCCCUUUUACAACAUGAUCAACCAAGGCUUGUUGGACGACCCCGUAAUGGCUUUCUACCUCAACGCCGAGGAACAAGGCUCUCUCGCGACCUUUGGUGGUGUCGAUUCGUCCCACUACAAGGGCAAGAUCGACUAUGUCCCCGUUCGCCGCAAGGGUUACUGGGAAGUCGAGUUGGAAUCGGUCCGAUUCGGUAAGGAGACGCUCGAGUUGGAAAAAACCGGUGCGGCCAUCGACACCGGAACGUCCUUGAUCGCUUUACCUUCCGACGUCGCCGAAAUCAUCAACAAGGAAAUCGGCGCGACCAAAUCGUGGUCGGGUCAAUACACGGUCGAUUGCGCGACGAUCCCCCACUUGCCGUCGAUGUCGCUCAAGUUUGGAGGCAAGGACUACGAAUUGUCCGCCGAGGACUACAUCCUCCAGGUUUCGGGGACGUGUAUUUCCAGUUUCACCGGGUUGGACAUUCCUGCUCCUUUGGGCCCUAUUUGGAUCAUUGGCGAUGUCUUCUUGAGGAGGUACUACACAGUUUACGACUUGGGCAAGAACGCUGUUGGGUUCGCCGAGGCUCGUUAA